AUGACAUUCAUGUCGCUUGCAACCAAAGCCUUUUCUGUCAUAGCUCCCACGCUUCGCACAUCUCCUUCCCACUCAUUUACUCGAACAAUGACGACCGCGGUUUUCAAAUACAUUGAUCCUGCCUCUUACGAUCCAAAUGCCACCGAACCUUUCAAGAAGCCUUGGGGUAAGGUCGAUGGACCGGGUUCCUCCUAUAGACUUUUGGACAAGACCCGAUCGGUUGAGAAUCUCCGUGGCCAAGAGGCUAAAUUUUCAAUCGAUAAUAGCGGAUUCGCUGUCUAUAAAAGUCCUGCGAAGGAGAAACAAUUCACCGAUUCGUCUCGGGUGACGACAGACUACUACGCCGAAGUUGAGGAGCUUCUCAGAGAGAAAUUGCCGGGCAUCAAGAAAGUAGUCAUAUUUGAUCACACGAUUAGGCGGAGGGAAAAGACGUCUCCACGCGCUCCUGUCCAACUGGUUCAUGUUGACCAAACGCCCUAUGCUGCUGAACUCCGAGUGCGUCGCCAUCUCCCACCGAACGAGGUAGAUGACUUGUUAAAGGGACGCUAUCAAAUCAUCAACGUCUGGCGCCCUAUUCAAAAUCCCGCGUCAGACUUUCCCUUGGCUGUUAUUGAUUGGCGAAGCACCGCCCCUUCUGAUUUUGUCAAGGUCGAUCUUCUCUAUCCAAAGGACGCCAAAGCAGGAGAAGAGAGGACCCAAGCGCCCAACUCUGAACACUUGACUGACGGUUACGAGGUUAGAGGGGAAACGUAUGCUAUUGCUCCAAAUGAAAAACACCGCCUCUACUACCAAAAGGAUAUGACGCCAGAGGAGGUCAUGUUCAUAAAAUGUUUUGACUCACGAAGCGAAUCCAUGACCGGGACAACGGGCAUCGCCCAUGGGGCAGGUCAUACAGCCUUCUGCGACCCCCAGACAUCAAAAGAUGCGCCAGCAAGGCAAAGCAUCGAGGUUAGAUGCCUGGUUUUUUAUGAGUCGUAA